AUGGCGAAAAAUAAGGGGAAGCGCUCCUCGACAGGGAAGUCUUCGCAGGCCGAAAAGCCCCACGAUGCCAGCGAGUCCAAGGUCUCUGCGGACGAAAAUUUCAUCUCUCUCGACGCCGGAGCACUUGCCAACCUCACCCGGAAUAUCGAACAAAAAUUGAAAGACGGAAAAAACCCCGCCAACAACAAGUCUCAGAAACGCACGGAUAAUGCGAAGACCGGAACGAAAAAGACGUCGGCAAACGACUUCAAAAACGAGAAAAAUGCUGCUGCUAAGACCCAGAACUCGAAUCAGGGCAAAAAGCGGAACCGAGAUGGAGAGGUCAUUGAGAAACCCGCCAAAAAUGGAAGUGUCAAAAACGACCAGACCCAGGAUGAUAUUUUAAGAAGGGAGAUUUUGGCUUUGGGCGGUAGCAAGGAGGACUUUGAUCUUUUGGCAGAGGUAGACUCGGAUUCGGAGGUCGAAGAAUCUGCAUCUGGUUCGAAUAAAAAGACAGGGUCGAACGAUGAUGCAUUGAGAAAAGAAUUAGCCCAGCUUUUGAAAGAUGCUGGGCAGUUCAAUCCCGAAAUCUCUGAUGAUCAAGUCGACGAAGAACAGUCCGCGAGUGUAGAUGAUAGUGAGGAGGAGGAGGAGAAGGAGGAGAUUGAAAGUGCACCCGAGGUCGACAACGUCACUAUAGCCUCCAAAGAGACUGUAAUUUCGAAGGCAACUACAGAAGUGGCUGACAAGAAAAAAGCCGCUCUUGCAGAGACUCAGUCACAAUUUCCCAAGGAGUAUUCACGAUUGACUGUCAUGCCCAGAGCAGACUGGUAUGGCACUGAGUUACCAUCCAUAUCAACCCCAAAGGUUACCACCGGCCUUCCGAAGUUCUUUUUGGAUCGAAUACAGCAACAUGCCACCUCGCUGCUUGAGAAAGAGAACCAGCUAUACUCACAAAUUCAACAGCAAUCAUCUUCGUCGUCCCAUAAGUUCUAUUCGACUAUUAUGACUUCAGGAACACUAAGUGAUAAGAUUUCAGCGCUUACUUUGGCCGUACAAGAAUCGCCUCUUCACAACAUCAAGGCCCUGGGAGAUCUUGUUGCAUUAUCCAAAAAGCGAAGUCGUGCCCAGGCGGUGGAUGUUCUACGAUCACUCAAAGACUUGUUCGCCCAGGGAACACUUCUUCCCAGUGACCGCAAAUUGAAAGCAUUUGCCAACCAUGCCGAGCUUGUCGCAGCAUUCCAGAAAGCUGGGACCAAAUGGACCGAACAUGAUCCUCUGCCAGGUGGUCUUCAACCUCAACAUUUGAUCGUUUGGGCAUUUGAGGAUUACCUCAAGGUUCAAUUCUUCGAGAUCCUCAAAGUUUUAGAAAUCUGGUGCAAUGACGAGAUUGAGUUUUCCCGUACCCGAGCCGUUAGUUAUGUCUAUGAGCUCCUCAAGGAGAAGCCCGAACAAGAGGCCAAUCUACUGCGUCUAUUGGUAAACAAACUCGGUGAUACUGGAAAGAAGAUAGCUUCAAGGGCAUCAUAUUUGUUGCUUCAGUUAUGCCAAGCACAUCCAUUGAUGAAGCCAACUAUCGUCAAAAGCGUCGAGGAAUUCCUCUUCCGGCCCGGGCAAAACCCACAUGCCAAAUAUUAUGCGAUUAUCACACUCAACCAGACUAUUCUGAGCACAAAAGAGGAGAAAGUUGCCGUUCAGCUUCUAGACAUAUACUUUGCGAUUUUCCUCCAGUUGCUCAAAUCUACAGACAAAAAGAGUUGGAAGGCAGACAACGGCAAGAAAGGCAAGAAAAGUGAUGAUGCAAAGGCCCAAAAAUCCCAAGCGGAACAUGACGAUCAACUGAAGGAAAAGUUAAUUUCUGCUGUUCUUACGGGAGUCAACCGAGCCUAUCCAUUUACUAGCUCCGAUACUGAUCGUCUUUCCAAGAAUAUUGACACCUUAUUCCGAGUCACUCACUCCUCCAACUUCAAUACAAGUAUUCAAGCUUUGAUGCUGAUCCAGCAACUCACUGCCACGCACCAGGUUGCAGCUGAUCGGUUCUAUCGUACCCUUUACGAAUCCCUUCUUGACCCUCGAGUUGCGACAUCAUCCAAGCAAUCACUUUACCUCAACCUGUUGUAUAAGUCACUGAAGAACGAUUCGAGCGUUAAGCGAGUCAAGGCGUUUGUUAAACGUCUUGUUCAGAUUUUAGGAUUGCAUCAACCAUCUUUUAUUUGUGGUGUCUUCUUUUUGAUACGAGAACUGGAAAAGACUUAUCCUGGAUUACUGUCCUUGGUAGACCAACCGGAGGAAGAUGAAAGUGAUGAGGAAGAAGUUUUCCGGGACGUACCUGACGAAGAAGAUCAGCAAGAGGCGGCGGAGACAAGCAAGCAAGUGGAACGGACUACGAAGAAAAUCAGUGAUGGGUACGAUGCUCGCAAAAGAGACCCUCAACACAGCAACGCAGAAAAGAGUUGCUUGUGGGAAUUGUUACCUUUGCUCUCUCACUUCCACCCUUCGGUCUCCGCUUUAACUUCUCACCUUCUCAAUCACGAGCCAUUAAGUGGCAAGCCGGAUCUCACCUUGCACACAUUGAGUCACUUCUUGGAUCGUUUCAUCUACCGGAAUGCCAAAGCAGCUGGUGCACCACGCGGACAAUCGAUCAUGCAGCCUCUCGCAGGUACCGACAGUCAUGACUUAUUGGUUAGUGCCAGCGGUCUUGCUGGAGAUGCACGUGCGCAAGUGCCAGUCAAUUCGGAGGAAUUCUGGCGCAAACGCACUGAGGAUGUGGCUGUUGAAGAUGUGUUCUUCCAUGAAUACUUCAACAGGAUGAGCAAGAGCCAGACAGGCAAGAAAGCUCAGAAGAAAUCCAAGGAUCCUCUUGAUCGUGACGAGGAAGCGGUUGAUGAAAGCGACAAUGAGUCCGAGAUUUGGCAAGCACUUGUGGAAUCACGACCUGGUCUUGAGGAUGAAGACGAAGAAGAUGACUUGGACAUGGAUGAUCUCGAAUCAGCUUAUGACAAUGAUGAGGAUGAAGUCGAUGAUUCCGAUGAUGAGGGCGUCAUCUUCAACGACGAAUCUGAUGAAGACGAAGAAGAUGUCGAUACGGAUGUUAAACAGAAGCAAACCAAGGUAUCUGCCAAGACAGACGAGGAUGAAGACGACGAGGACUCAUUUGACAUGGAUGUAUCCGACGAAGAGGCCUUCCGCGACAGUGACGAGGAUCUACCCUCUGACCUUGAUGUUGAUAUGGGUGGAGUCGCUUUACCUUCUACCACUUCAGAGGGUGAGGCAUCAGCAAGUCAGAAGAAGUCGAAGAAGCGCAAGCUUCGACACUUGCCUACUUUUGCAUCUAUGGAGGAUUAUGCAGCAUUGUUGGCGGAUGAGGAUGAUGGGAUGGUUUAA